AAAUAAAUAAAUAAAUAAAAAGAUAUGUUUAUCUUAAGAGCUCUAGGGUACUAAAUGCAAAGAGUUGCUUAAAAGUUCAUAAAAGUCUUCAAAAUUAUCCUCUCAGUCCUGUCCAAAUCUAAGAAAACACAAGUGUAUUCACAUAAUCAAAUAAGCCCUGAGUUAGUUCCAUUAAGUUAAAAAAAAAAAAAAAAAACUCAAGAAGGAACAUCAUCAUUGAUGUAUUUGCAGUCUAUUUUAUUUUCUGUAAAUAGAUGUUAUUUGGAGUUCGUUUCUCCAUCGGCCAGGAAGGGCAUGUUGAGGUAGGCAUACCGGUCAAAGACAGUAACUACCAUGGCUUCCGGCACUUUGGCGAAACCUCAGAUGCGUGGCCUCCUGGCCAGGCGUCUGCGGAUUCAUAUUGUUGGAGCAUUCAUAGUAUCCCUGGGAGUUGCAACCUUGUAUAAGUUGGGUGUGGCUGAACCAAGGAAGAAGGCAUAUGCAGAUUUCUACAGAAAUUAUGGUUCUAUGAAAGAUUUUGAGGAGAUGAGGAAGGCUGGCAUCUUUUAGAGUGCAAAGUGAUUUUGGAACAUAAAAGAAUUUCUUGACCUGUGUUCCUGAGCUAUGAAUAUGUGGGCUGAUGAAUAGUUUCUCUUGAUAAAUAAACCAUUAAUAAAUACUGUGAAAAAAAAAA